CUUCCACCCGGGCCCAGUUGGCCCCGGACGCAGUAGUGGAGACUAAUAAACAUGGAGAGCGAGGGCUCUGGGACUGCGGACCCGUCCGCCGCGCUGGAGGCUCCGGGAUCCACUGACGAGCGUCUUUUCCUGGUUAAAGGUGGAAUUUUCCUUGGUACUGUUGCUGCAGCAGGAAUGCUGGCUGGAUUUGUUACAACAUUAUCAUUGGCGAAAAAGAGAAGUCCUGAAUGGUUCAGUAAGGGAAGUAUGGCCACGGCUGCCUUACCAGAGAGCGGGUCUUCCCUUGCCCUGCGAGCCCUGGGGUGGGGCUCACUUUAUGCAUGGUGUGGGGUUGGUGUGAUCAGCUUCGCAGUCUGGAAAGCAUUAGGAGUUCACAGUAUGAAAGACUUUCGAAGCAAAAUGCAAUCAAUAUUUCCAGCAAUUCCCAAGAACUCUGAAUCGGCUGUUGAGUGGGAGGAAGCAUUGAAAUCUAAAUGAGAUGAGCAUGGUGGAUGAAGUCCAGAACCAUUGUUCUGGGAAAGGCUGGCAUUGGAGAUGCCACAACAGCAAAGAGACUCGAUUGAUUUCUCCUCAGGAAUACAUGCAGUUUGUUGACUGAACCUAUGGGAUGGAUGGCAUUCAGUGUCCUCAUAGGCGGCCAAUGGCCAUUUCUGUGUGCUCUACUUUACCACUGCUGUGGUUAUGCUCACAAGGGGUGUGUAUGUAUGUGUGUUGGUGGGGAGGGUAAAGUUUUCCCAAAGUUAGGAAGGAAGACUACUUAAAAAUAAUUAUACAGAUAACUUCUCCAUAUGGAGGAAAUCCCAGUGGAAAUACUUUCAUGAAUAUAACAGUUGAAACUAAGUUUUUUACCUGAAAAAAGAAUGUAUAAUAAUAUAUGAUAGAAAAUCUUUAUAAACAGACUCCUAACAGCAGUAGUACCUCAACAUGUCCAAUUAAAUAAGUUUCAGCAGCCUUUCUUGUCAGCAUGUGGUUGUCCGAGCUUGGAGGACUUGCUUCUGUUAGGCAGACUCCAAAGUGAUGGAUCAGUAGGUGGAUCCUGUACAUCAGGCAGUGGGUGUGGCUCUGUGGUCCCGGACACAGUCUUUACUUGUAUGUGCCAGUUACUUACCUGACGCCCUUACCUUAAGGCCUGUAGCAGAGGGUAUAGCUCAAUGGUAGAGUGUGUGUGCUUAGCAUGUACAAAGUGAGAUCCUGGGUUCAAUCCCCAGUACUUCCAUUAAAAAUAAAUUUAAAAAUUAACCUAAUUAGACACACACACCCCCACACACGUACAAAAAAAAAAAAAAAAACCUUUAAAUUCUUAAACAAGAAGCCAGUAACAGAUUAUAAUAACUUGAAAGGAUAAUCAUGCUAAAAUAAUGAUACCAAGGGUAUAAAAUGUACUUUUUUGAGAAAUUGGUUCUGGGUCCCUAAAUAGUGACUGACAGUUUAUAGUUUUAUCUCAGUUGUCAGUAUGAAAAUAGCCCAGUUAUCCCUUACCUUAAAUAUUUUCAACCAGAAAGUUACCUGAGUAUUGAGUGUCAAUAUUAAUUGGUACCACCUCCCUAAUAGGAACAGCUAUUGUUCUGUUUCUGUAAACACACCCAGCCCUUUCCUGUCCUCCAAGAUCUCUCCCAGAAAACAGAGAAUAAUGUCUACAUGCAGUUAUUUUUGCUGGAGAUGAAAAUUUUUUUUAAGAAAAGUAAUAUGCCAAUGUGUCCAGAAAAAUAACCUCUGGUUGAAUAUCUUUCUUUAUAAUUGCUUAGGCCCUAAUUAGCAAUCAAGUUUAAUAAAGUACAUUUGAAAUUUAUCUGUUAUAAUGAAACCUUUUAAUUUUAAGGAAGAAUUUUAAAUGAAAUGUCGAGUGCAUAAUGUAACAUUUUUCUCUGGACCGUGUUACCCUGUUUAAAUUGCUGUAUUGUUAAUUAAUUAAACAGGUGUAAUCAGCAUCUGGGAUUCAUAUUUAAGCUGUUUAAAAUCCAAGACUAAAAGGAAAGGGUGUAAAAUUUAUCCGGGUAUGUGGAGUAGCAAAAACUUCACCCACCUUCCAUUUUUAACUAAAUCUCUGCUAACAAAAUAUCUUUAGCCUUUGAAUGAAAUGAAGGAAGGAAAGGCAGGAACAAGACAGAACAGGCUUUUGUCCAUAUUAUGAGCCUGAGUCUAGGGGCAUGGUGGGUGCACUCUGGUCCACAGGGCCUGGCACACGGAGGCCUGGAGGAAUGACUGAAUGCAUCUGUGUGAUUGAUAGGCCUAAGGUUUACAAAACCCUUUCCAUAGACAUCUGUUGUUCUUAAGGGAUGGCGGGGGACUCCCAUAAGAAUCACCUGCUGAGGGAAGGUUGAUGGGGACAGAGUCCUUAGGACCAAGCAUAGACUCCAGUUGCAUUUUAAAGGCAAAAAUGAAGUAACAAAGAUGACAGUUAAAAGGAAAACAAUAUGACUAAAGUGGUAUUUUUCUACAGUCAGAACUUAGAUAUCAGAAGAUGUAGUCAUUUGUCUGUUCCUGUUAUACCAGAGGCGUAUUGUUAAGUUGGUUAAUGGUAAGGAAAAAUGUUUAACAGAUAAUGUUAUUCUUUAUGUGAAGUACCAUCUGUGUACUGAGUUCUGAAUGUUCCUGGAUAUGGAAGAGAGGAAGUGUUAUGGAAUUUCAA